AGGGCACAGCACUUGCAAAGACAAAAACGGAUGCGCAUGGACGAUUUACAAUAAAAGGAAACUCGAAAGCGGAUAUGUUCGAUCCACAGUUCACUAUUAGCCACAAAUGUCGUACAAAGCUAUGCACACGCAGAAUGCUUCUCCGUAUUCCUGAGAAGUAUUUCACAUCCGGUUCCACGCCAAGCGAGUUAUAUGAUGUUGGUACUAUUGAUGUGAAAACAAAAUUCCCCACUGAAACAAAAACAUGUCCAACAUGA